UCAAAGUUCACAGAGUAAAAGAUCUAGCGGUUUAAGGUUCAAUUCACGAUUUUCUUCGGUCUUUAGACCUGGCGGACAGUGGAAUUAAAGCAUUGUUAAAAGUAUUUAAGAAUUAGAUCUAGAAUCUAGAUCUUGAACUAAAUCACCCACUUUGUUUUUUUAUUGUCGCAGAAUGGCUUCUUCCGAAUUUCCCGAUGAAAAAUGCAUGGACUCGUACAACUAUUCGUUCGACAAAAACAUUAUCGGGGGUAAAGUUGCCUUCAUCACAGGUGGUGGCUCUGGAAUAUGCUUCACUAUUGCAGAAAUAUUCAUGAGACAUGGUUGUCGUACUGUUAUUGGUGGGAGAAAGCUUGACCGUCUGAAGAAGUCGGCAAAGACUUUGACUGAUGCGACAGGAGUGAAAUGUGUACCUGUACAGGUGGAUGUUCGGAAGCCAGCGGAGGUCAUUGCGGCUGUGGAUGUUUGUCUACAAGAAUUCGGGAGGAUUGACAUUCUUAUCAAUGGAGCGGCAGGCAACUUCCUGUGUCCUCUCGAGUCUAUGUCGUUCAACGCGUUCCGUACGGUGAUGGAGAUUGACACGCUGGGAACGUACAACGUCAGCAAAGUGGUCUAUGACAAGUAUUUCAAGAGCCACGGAGGCGUCAUCAUCAACAUCACAGCCACGCUCCACUACCGAGGCACCAUCUUGCAGGCUCACGUGGGCUCGGCUAAGGCUGCCAUAGAGUACUUGACGAGACACCAGGCAUUGGAGUGGGGCCCACAGGGUGUGCGGGUUCUGUGUGUGGCCCCAGGGGCCAUCGGAGACACGGAGGGGGUCCGCAGGCUCAGUGGGGGUGCUACGCAGGAAGACAUCAACAGAGCUAUACCGAUAAGACGCAUGGGGACCCGCCAGGAAAUUGGAGAAAUCUGUUUGUUUUUGGUGACAGACAUGGCGGGCCUGAUCACCUCUUCCACUGUCAUCGCUGACGGAGCUGCCUGGCUUGCUGAUGGCUCCGAGGAGAAGAGGAUGGAGAUGUACCGGAAAUUUAUGUCCAGAAUGUAACUAAUGUUUCUGUGUUGUGGAUGGGCAUUACGUAAUGAAAGAAAAAUAAA